AUGAUUCUGGACGCAAUCUUCACCGUCCUCCUCCCUACCCUAAUCCUCCUCCACCUCUUCCUAGCCCCCUACACCAAAGUCGAAGAAUCCUUCAACAUCCAAGCAACCCACGACAUCCUGACCCACGGCCUCCCGCUCAACCCGCUCAACACCACCCUCCUCAACGCCUACGACCAUAUCUCCUUCCCCGGCGCCGUCCCCCGCACCUUCAUCGGCGCCCUCCUCCUCGCCGCCGUCUCAAAACCCAUCCUCCUUCUCACAUCCCCAGGGAAAGCCCAGUAUAUCGUGCGCGCCGUCCUCGGGCUGUGGAACGCGCGAUGUCUUUUCAGUUUCCGCGAUACGUUGGUCGCGGCCUUUGGGGAGGGAGUAGGGAGAUGGUAUUUGCUUCUCCAGUUGAGCCAGUUUCACGUGGUAUAUUAUGCGAGUAGGACACUACCGAAUAUGUUUGCGUUUGGAUUUACGACGUUGGCGAUGGGGUAUUUUAUUCCUGUACCAGGACGGGCACGGGAGGAUGAGGUUCGUAGACAGAGAGCUGGGAUUUCGCUGAUGGUGUUUUCGGCUGUGGUUUUUAGGUCUGAGAUCGCGUUGUUGCUUGCUAUGCAGGUCCUGGCUGGGCUUGUUCAGUUCCGGAUUACGAUUAGGGAUGUGGUUGUUACGGGGUUGAUGAGUGGGACACUAUCAAUCGCGGCGACAAGUCUGGUGGAUUCGUAUUUUUGGCAAAAGCCGCUAUGGCCGGAACUCUGGGGAUUUUGGUAUAAUGUUUUUGAGGGGAAGAGUAGUGAUUGGGGGACCUCGCCGUUUGGGUUUUAUUUCACGAGUUUGUUGCCGAAGUUGUUGUUGAAUCCGUUGAUUCAGCUCUUGUUUAUCCCUUUGGCGAUUACUUUGCCAUCCACGCAGAGGAGUACGCUGAAUCUGGUAAUUCCAUCGUUACUCUUCGUUGCUAUAUACAGCAUUCAACCACACAAGGAGGCACGGUUUAUCAUCUAUGUCGUUCCGCCACUUACAGCAGCGGCCUCCUUAUCUGCUUCGUAUAUAUGGACUCGACGAUCCAAGAACUUGAAAUACACUGUCGGAGCCGCUCUUCUGGUCGUUUCGAGCCUAGGAAGUCUAGCAGCAUCAACCGGCAUGCUCCUAAUCUCCUCCCUCAACUACCCAGGUGGCCAAGCUCUCUCAACUCUCCACGAAAUCCUCGCCCGCACGCCACAACCCUCUGAACUAAAUAUCCACAUGGACGUCCUAUCCUGCAUGACAGGCGUAACUCACUUCCUCGAACUCCCCUCCCCAACCCUCCUCAACAACCAUCCUACGAAAAUCCACUACGACAAAACCGAAAAUUCCACCACCCUCGUCACACCCUCCUUCUGGUAUCAAUUCGACUACGCAAUAAUGCAAGACCCCGCCCUCGCAAUCGGCAAAUGGGAAGUCAUCGACACCAUAUACGCGUAUGCUGGAAUCGAAUUCCUCCGUCCAGGCGACGGAACCUCAUUCACAGAACAUCUCGAGCGCAUAUACGCGGCCAACAACCUCACAGUCCUUCACCAAGGCAAGAGAGAAGCGCCAACGAGCGACGAUGUGAAAAGUGCAGUCGAGGAUGCAUAUGUGGAGUUAGGGAAGGAAGAAGGGCAUAUGACUGAUAAUGAGAUGGAAGAGAGGAGAUUGCGGAUUCGAGCCGAGGAGAUGAAUCAGUUUGGCGCGUUUAAUCUUGUGAGGGAUGGGGUUCGGGGCGUUACGAGAGGUUGGUGGGUUGGGCCUAGGAUGGUGCCGAGUUUGAGGAUUUUGAGGCAGGUUAGGGGUUAG